AGGCGUCACGUGACUCGAUCGUCGGAAUAUUUCUCUAGUUUCGUUCUUCGUCUGUAGAAAACUGUACCAAUGGAAUAAUAAUAUUGUCUCUUUUUAGCAUCUAACGAGGCUGGUCCUCUCACCCAUACCUAAUCUCUCGCGAGCUCGCGUUCAUGUCUGUUGACGCCAUCGCCUUGAAUCUGAUCGACAACCUGGACUGCACCAUACUUUCCAUACACUCUACAUCUCGCGAAAACACUGCGCUCUUCGACCAUGGGCUUCCUCAGUCCCCAUGGAGCCCCGAAUAAGUGCCUUGGUCGGCUCUCCGUUGCUCAUCGAGCGCGGUAAUGCCGAGAUUCUCCUCCCAUCCACCAUAUUCAACCCGCAAUCCGCUGCCAAUCCCCUCUCACUCCCGCUUCCCGUCCAGCCGCAUCACAUCAACCAUGACCCGAAUAUCGCCCAAACCGCCUUUGGGGUCGGUUCUCGUCAUGAAUCCCGCCUGCCACUUGCACCCAUCACGCAGCCUCCGUCCUCGAACACAACCUUUCAGACACCGCCCACGUUUGACAUCGCUCCAUCCACCGCACAGGCUGCCCACCUCUCACACCAAACCAAGCCGACAUCCUCCAAAGCAUCUCUACCCCUGGACUCCGUUCUGAACGCGGAAGAUGCCUCGGUGCACGCCCCGAGGAAACGACGGAAGAUCUCCGUAUCCAACGAGGCCCACCCGUCAAAUGCUCAGCAUCCCGCAGUGCUCGAACUCCCCAAACCCCCGCAGCCGAAGAAAAGUGUUCGGCGGCAGCGACUGGCUCCGAUCUUGCCGGGACUGUAUCAGCCACCGCCGGACGCGGGGUUGUUUCCGAGUAUAUCGGUGACGGAUGAAGGUCGGUUGAAGAAGAACGCUGGGUCAUUGCGCGGUGGCCAUGACAACGAUGGGGCUCGGGGAACUGCGAUAAAGCUCCCUGGGGAAGCAUCAAUCGCCCCGAUUCGCCCUCUUACACAGAACCACGCCUCGUCAGAAACGACGACAAGCAUCAAGCCGGCGGGAAGUCCAGCCAAAGUCUCGGCUGAGGGACAAGGACAGCCGGUGGUAGAGGAGAAUGGCAACCCACCCUCCACCAGAGUGAAUGCGGUUGAACGGGGAAACAAGGCUAAGCAGAAACGAAAAUGGACCGACCAAGAAACUGAAGACCUGCUGAAAGGCGUGGCAAAGUUGGGUAUUGGUCGGUGGGCGAAGAUUCUCCAGUGCCCGGACUACACGUUUAACGGACGAAGCGCCGUGGACCUGAAGGAUCGGUUCCGAACAUGCUGUCCUGACGACUACAAGAAGUCGAAAGUCAAGGACCAUGAUGCUUCUUCCAAACCCGAUCGACGAGGCAGGCGAGAAGACACAGCAGCUACUAAACACCCAAAGUCAAGAUCUAAUGGGGAAGAAACCCGCCAGACAAUUUCAUUACCGCCGAAACGGCCGAAGCGACUCAACUGCGACCGGAAAGACCCUACCGACCUCGCAGCGAUGGGUAUCGACCAGCCCUUCUUCAAGGUUGCUCGCCGCGAGCUGACUCCGUUCACCGACGAGGAAGAUGCCCUUCUUUUGAAAGGAUUUGAGAAGCAUGGCCCGCAAUGGAACAGGAUUCGUGAUGAUGCCGAGUUCACAGUGCUCGCUAGUAGGGCACGGUUGGAUCUGCGAGAUCGGUUCCGGGUCAAGUACCCGGAGCAUUUUGCUCGCAGUCGGAAAACGCGGGUUUCUGAAGAGCAGCCAAUGGACCACCAUAAGUCCGCUACAGAAUUAGCAGCGACAGACCCUACAUUACAACCUGCGAGGCAGCAAAGUGGCGCUCUGUCCGUCACUGAAGCGCAAGACCCCACUCUCAAGGCACCAUCCCGCACCGUCACCGCAGUUGGGAAUCUCUUGGAAGAUUUCCUGAGUGACUUCGACGACGACUUCACGAUUGACGAAUACCCCACCUCGAUCACCUUAAGCCGACGGAUCUUUGAAGAGGCCCCUACGAGUCAAAGAGCCCCAAAACCAACUCCUGCAAUAUCCGGUCCCUGGUGCACAUACAUCCCCGACUCGACGCUGAGCUCGAGCACCAACCUCCCGAUCGAGAAUCUGCACAUCGACCCCCUUAAAACCAUCAUUCCGUCCUCGAGCAGUUGGCCGAGCUACAGCACGAGCAUGACGGCAGGGAACGGUGGCGGCAAUCCAUAUUCCAUCCCACCGAGCCUCAGCCUCAACCCAUCUCCCUCAUCCUCCUCGAUCCUCAAUUCCCUGAUAAUGCCACCACCCGCGCCAUCCAGAUCCCACCACGCGUCCCUCCCGCAGCCGCUUCCAUCCGCAAUGAGCGCGCCGCACAACCCAAUGACCUCGUCAACCCUCGCCGGGGUCGGCGGCCCGUUAUCGAUGCUCCCACCGUCUCUGUCUGGGAUCCUGACGGUCGAUUCCUCCAUCAUGACGGGAAGCGGGAAUGCGAAACACACGCUUCCGCAGCCGGGGAUGACGUUGCCGCGGCCGGCGGAGUUGCUGAACGGGUAUGUUGGGGAUAGUUGGCAGUUUUAGCUAGUCUACUUCAGGAUGCCACUUAUGAAUGUACUUACUCUGUUACUGAUGUGAUCGUCGUCCUCGCUUCCGCCCAAUCUUGGGCAAGGUGUUGUGUGCGUGCAGAACCCCUUCGUUUAUUGCGUGCCAUCCGAAUCAACUAUGGGUGCUCACGCUUGUCACCGAAGGGAGAUUAAUGGCCAACUAGCCAACCAUCCAUCCCUGAUUGCAAUUCUUUGACCAGAUGCACGGGCCCUUGCGCCGUUCUCUGCGAAAGGGCUGGCGGGGAUGAGUGGUACAUGCAUUUUAUGUCGCGUACAAUCACGAACCUGGACAAGGAUUCAAUCAAGGGGUCACUUGGGAGCUGGGAGGUGGCUACUGGAAA